GCUGGCUCACGCGCGAAAAUCACAGUGCUGUCUCACGACAAACGGGUUGACCCUAUUGGCACCUGUGUCGGCGUGCGUGGCACGCGUGUCAAUGCGGUGACCACCGAACUCGGUGGCGAGCGCGUAGAUAUCGUUUUGUGGAGCGAAGAUCCAGCGCAGUUUGUGAUUGGCGCUUUAGCACCAGCAAACGUAUCUUCCAUUGUUGUUGAUGAAGAGCGCCAUGCCAUGGACGUCGUUUGUGACGAAGAAAAUCUGGCGCUGGCAAUUGGUCGUGGUGGUCAAAAUGUGCGUUUGGCUUCUGAACUGACUGGUUGGAAAAUUAACAUUUUGGAUGCAGCUGAAUCAGCUGAAAAAACUGCCAAUGAAACAGAUGCCAGCCGCAAAUUGUUAAUGGAAAAAUUGGAUGUUGAUGAAGACAUUGCCGAUAUCCUGAUCUCGGAAGGUUUCACCAGCCUGGAAGAAGUCGCUUAUGUGCCUUUACAAGAAAUGCUCGAGAUUGAAAGCUUUGAUGAAGACACUGUGAAUGAGUUGCGUACACGAGCUAAAGACGCCUUGUUAACAAUGGAGAUUGCCAAAGAAGAAAAUGUUGAAGAGGCAUCACAAGACUUGCGCGAUUUAGAAGGUUUAACGCCGACAUUGAUCAGCAAAUUAGCUGAUGGC